AUGGGUCGCAAUCCUGUGGCGACAGUACCAUGCGAAGUGUGCGGAGACAAGUCCUACGGAAGACACUACGGAAUAUGGGCAUGCGAUGGAUGCAGCUGUUUCUUCAAACGAAGUGUUCGCAACAAUAUGCGAUAUUCUUGCAUAGCUGGCACUGGCGAUUGUAUUGUUAACAAAACCCGUCGAAAUUGGUGUCCGGCGUGCCGUCUUGCAAAAUGCACUCAACUCAAUAUGAAUCGAGAUGCCGUACAAUCGGAAAGAGGACCUAGAAGAAUCCGAAACGCGACAAAAAGAAGGCGACAGCGAUUUGAUAGCUCGGAAAUGGCAGAGAGUGAAAAAGAGGAUGGAAGAACAUAUGAUUCCCUAUUUUCCGCAGCUCUAAUUAUCGCUUCAAAAUCACAAUUAUUGUGUUUUAUGACAGAUUCUCAAAAACGCGAAUUAUUCGAGCGUCAUUCGUCUAGUAUCUUCGCAUAUUUUCUUGCAAUCAAUCCUGAUAAAUCAGUCCGAAAAUUAGUUCCUGGACUUGAUGCUUUAGAUGGUUUACAAUUGGAUUCUGAGGAAAUUCGAAUCGGCCUGAAUCUUCUUAUUACAAAUUUAGGUUUCUCCCAUCUGAAUUUUGCGAUUCCCCUUCAACCAUUCUACCAAAUGUGGUUGUUCCGUCAUUCGCUUCUCAACACUUCGACAGAAUCCGCGAAUCGGCUUAUAAUUCUAAUCAAUCAAAUAAUCCGCACCCGCUAUGGAAAUAUCGCCAAACUUCUUUCAAAACCGUUCGGCGAUCUCAUCAAGCAAUUCAUUUAA